AUGGAAGAGGACCAGGAGCUGGAGAGGAAAGCAACAGCGGAACUGCUAAAUGAGGCUAAACACGGGAAACACAAGAACACACUGCCCUCCCAUAAAGAGCAAGACCACAGACAAAAACAGGGUAUUAAGGUAGCUGCCAAAAGGCAGAACCAGAAGGACGUGAACCCCAAGAAGCAGAGAAGCCAUCCCUAAAAGCACAGCCUCAAGGCUUGUGGCUACUCUCCACCAGGAGAGUGGGGCACCCAGGACAAGCGCGACCUACGACCCAACAGCCACUGA